CAAUUGAGAAUUGGUCAACUGUUAAUGUCCAAGUGAAUGAGUGACUACCAGUCGACUAAAAGGUUUAAAGUGUGAAGCCAAUGAUUCUCCAGGCAGCUCACCGACUCGGCUAACUUCGGAGUCUAUUCAUGUUAACAUCAUCACGUCUUUAUAAAGAUUAAGUGGCGUAGUAAUAAUUGUUCCUCUUCUAACAUGGCUUCGUCAUCAGGACCGGGAAGUAAUAAGAAUGCCGAUCUAGAUGGUAUAUGGGAUGAUCUCAAAUCAGGUAUUGAACAGGUUUACAUUCUCAAAACUGACAAGAAAAGAGAAAAUAUGUCCAAGAAUAGAUACAUGGAGCUUUAUACACAUGUCUACAAUUAUUGUACUAGUGUCCAUCCUCAGGGUGCCACACGAAGCCCGAUUGGUAGUAUGGUGUCCAAGAGCAAAAAACCACAAGCUCAAGGAGGUGCUCACUUUGUUGGAUAUGAGUUGUAUAAGAGAUUAAGAGAUUUUCUUAAGGAUUACCUUACCAAAGUGCUCAAUGAGGGUAUUGAUAAAAUGGAUGAGAAUGUGUUGGCAUUUUAUACCCGACAAUGGCAAGAAUAUGAUUUCUCUAGUAGGGUUUUGAAUGGAAUUUGCUCCUAUUUGAAUAGACAUUGGGUUAAAAGAGAGUGUGAUGAAGGGAGUAACAAAAUUUACGAAAUUUACCAGCUCGCUCUUUAUACCUGGAGAGAUUGUCUUUUCGAGCCUCUCAAUCAACAAGUGACAAAUGCUGUUUUAAAAUUAAUAGAGAAAGAGCGAAAUGGUGAAACAAUGAAUACAAGUUUAGUUAGUGGUGUUAUCAGCUCAUAUGGAGCCAUGGUUAUGUCGAUAGAAGAUGAAAAUAGAGAGGACAAACGAUCUAACGUUGAUCUUGGACUUCACGAUCCAAAUAAAAGUGCAGGAAAAGGACCCAACCUGUCGUUGUACAAAGAGAAAUUUGAGAACAAAUUUUUAGAAGAUACAGAAAGAUUUUAUACAAGAGAAAGUACAGAAUUUCUUCGUCAAAAUGCUGUCACCGAAUAUAUGAAGAAAGCAGAACAGAGAUUACAAGAGGAAGAGAAACGUGUUAAGACUUAUCUUCACGAGACAACUCAGCAACCCUUGGCCAAAACAUGUGAACGAGUACUUAUAGAAAAACAUUUGGAAAUAUUUCACUCAGAGUUUCAAAAUAUGUUAAAUGGAGAUAAGAAUGAGGAUCUUCGUCGAAUGUUUCAACUUGUCUCUCGUAUACCCGACGGUUUAGGAGAAUUAAAAAAUUUACUGGAAAAACACAUAACCGAUCAGGGUUUAGCGGCCAUUGAUCGUAUCUCCGACUCAGCUACGAAUGAUCCAAGACUUUAUGUCACAACUAUUUUAGACGUCCAUCAAAAAUAUAACCAUCUAGUUAACACAUCAUUCAACAAUGAGUCUGGUUUUGUCGCUGCAUUGGACAAAGCUUGUGGUAAAUUCAUUAAUAACAACUCUCUGACAAAAAUUGCAAAUUCAUCAUCCAAAUCUCCUGAAUUAUUGGCUAAAUAUUGUGAUUUCCUUUUGAAAAAGAGCUCAAAAAAUGCCGAAGAAUCCGAAUUAGAGGAACUUUUAAACCAAGUGAUGGUUGUCUUUAAAUACAUUGAAGAUAAAGAUGUCUUCCAAAAGUUUUACAGCAAAAUGUUAGCAAAACGACUUGUCGGUCAUAUGUCUGCUAGUGAUGACUCGGAAGAGAGUAUGAUAUCAAAAUUGAAGCAAGCCUGUGGCUAUGAGUAUACAUCAAAAUUACAACGAAUGUUUCAAGACAUAGGAGUGAGUAAAGGGCUCAACGAACAAUUUCAAUUACAUCUUAGAAACUCUAAAGAAAAUCUUGACCUGGACUUUAGUAUUCAAGUAUUGAGCUCUGGUUCUUGGCCUUUUCAACAAUCUGCCACCUUCGUAUUGCCUCAUGAACUUGAAAGAAGCGUUCAAAGAUUUACAGCUUUCUACAGUGGUCAACACAGUGGUCGAAAAUUACACUGGCUUUACAAUAUGUCCAAAGGAGAACUGUCAACUAACUGUUUCAAGAAUAAAUAUACUCUCCAGGCAUCAACCUUUCAGAUGGCUGUUCUUUUACAAUAUAAUACUGCUGAUAGUUACACACUUCAACAACUUUGUGAUUGCACCCAAAUUAAAAUGGACGUUCUGAUUCAAGUUAUUCAAAUUUUGUUAAAAGUUCGUCUUCUAACCUGUGAUGAUAUCUCGGUUCUCACUAACGAUGCUAAUGAAGACGAAACCGAAGGAUUAACAGCUAAUUCAGUCAUCUCAUUGUACACUGGCUACAAGAAUAAAAAGCUUAGAGUAAAUAUCAAUGUUCCCAUGAAAACAGAAUAUAAACAAGAACAAGAAAAGACACAUAAACACAUUGAAGAAGAUAGAAAAUUAGUUAUUCAGGCUGCAAUUGUAAGGAUUAUGAAAAUGAGGAAAAAAUUGAAACAUCAACAACUCUUAGCUGAAGUCUUAGAGCAACUUAAAACACGAUUUAAACCAAGUGUACCUGUGAUUAAGAAAUGUAUUGAUAUUUUGAUUGAAAAGGAAUACCUUGAGAGAACCGAAUCAUCUAAAGAUACAUACAACUACCUUGCUUAAAGAUUUUUCAAUUUUUUGGAAACCAUUUUGUCUAUAGAAAUAAUAAUGACCCAAUAUAAUUACAAUUAAUAAAUUGGUCAUUUGUAUCUCCUAUCUCACUUUUUUUUCAAUCAUCUCAAUCCUUCAUCUCAUCUGCUCUCUCACAAUGGAUUAAGACGAUCAGGAUGAUUCAAGAUUGUUCACCCUUCAUACCACCAACAUGAUUAUUCAACAUCCAGGAAGAGACAUUUAUCCACAAUGUUGAUGACAUUAUUUUAAGAAACAACUUCUACCAUUUCAGAUCAUGUCGAUUAACCUUUCCAACGAUAAGAUGCGAUAUGAUUUUUUUCUUCUUCUCAGAGUAAAAAUGGAAAUCUUGACAUUCAUCUCCCACACAACAACAAUCAACAAAGCAGCAAAUUCUGCAAACACCUCAUCAUCUCUGGAAUACAUUCUUUCAUUGACAGUGUCUUUUUACUUUCUCUUUUUUUUCUUUUCUCUCUCACUCUUUGAAACAAAAAGCCUUUUGUACAUUUGAAGUAAUUUAUUUAUUUGUCUAUAGCUUAUUGUGCCUAAAACGAAUACAAAGAUUCAUUCCCUUUAAAAAGAGCAGAGUAAAACUAAUACAUGGUAAAUAUUGAAGUUAAAUGAUGAGUUAAUGAAAGAAUGUACAUCAGGCUUUUCUCCUCAUUCUCUAUAAUAAUAUACAUCCCUUGAAAAAACUUCGAUCGAUCAAGACUAAUCAUGCAAACCUAAAUUGCUUAUAAAUUGAGAAAACAAUUGGUGGUUGAAAUGUGAACCCAAUUGAUUAAUUUUAUCGAUAUUUUCUCUUUUUUUCUUCUUAUUCUCUCUUCUUUUCACCUUCACAAUCCUUUUUACUUUUUAUCUUACUAGUUUUGUUGUCGACUUGUUUUACUCUCUUUUUCUGUCUCUAUCCCUCUCACUGAAUGAUAAUGAUGAUGAUGAUGAAAAAAAUCACAAAAAAGUGAUACACAAAACUUGGUUAAUCUUUUGAACAUUUUGUACAAUAUCUUGAAUAAUCCAAUUUAUUUGUCUAAUUGAAAA